AUGAGUACUGGUAACCGUGUGACAAUACCGAAUCCUAUAGCAUCAUUAAUCGGUGAUAAAUCACCAAUUAUUACAAGAGAUGAGUGUUCAUAUUAUGGCCGACUUAAUACUACUGGUUUUGGUCUUAUACGAGCAUACGAAGGAAUUCCAGAAAACAUUGUUGUUAAUCUAGUCGUUUCGGCGAUACUUUUAUUACUCUUUGUAUAUUUACGACGUCGUUUUUCUGAUUCGAAAAAUAUUGAUGAUGGAACAGAAAUAUCAACUCUUCUUUAUGGUCAAAGUAAUUCAUCACGAAAUUUUGCUCAUAAUGACAACGAAACCUAUUGUCAUCGAUAUUGUGUGUCACGUUGGAUAUGGAUUCGAGAUUUAUUUAAAAUCAGUGAUUGGGAUGUUUAUCGAAAUUGUUCACCAGAUGCAUAUUAUUAUCUUUUAUUUCAUACUUAUUUAAUUGCUUAUUUACUUUUUGUAACAAUUUUUUCUUUGACUAUUAUAUUGCCAGUCAAUUUUCAAGGAACACAAGGAAUAAGUGAACAAAAAUUUGCUCAUACAACUAUUGCUAAUUUACCAGCGGAUUCACCAUUACUCUGGUUUCAUGCAUUUGCAUCAAUGUUAUUUGUAUUAGCUGGUAUUAUUGUAGCUUAUUUAUAUACAAAUGCUACACGAUAUUAUGCAACAGAAGACAUGUAUGAAGAUGAAGAAUCGAAAGAAAAAGCAAAUCGAACAUUAAUGAUACGAGGUAUUCGUAAUUCUGCAUGUGAUGAAGAAAAACUAAAUGAAUAUUUUCGUGAAUCAUAUCCAUCAUUUCAAAUAACGCAUUUAACAUUAGCUUAUAAUAUAGCUUUAUUACAACAUGCUUAUAAACGCCGUGAACUUAAUCUUCGUAUUUGGCAACAAAGUACACAAAUGUUUGAAGAAAGUGGUAAACGACCUGUUGUUUAUAAUAAUAAAUGUGGACAACUGUGUGGUUGUUGUGCCAAAGAGGUUGAUGCAAUUGAUUAUUAUGAAAAAUUAUAUAAUGCAUAUAAACAACGUGUUGAAGAUGAAUAUUUACAUGUUAGAGGAAAGAAAUGUGGAUUAGCUUUUGUAACAUUUUCAACACCUGAAGAAGCACAUCGAGUUCGUUCAAAUUUUCGAGUAACAUGUUUUACACCUGAUCGUCGACCAAAAACAUCAACAAGUAAAUCACUCAAUGUUCAUGAAUGGAAUGUUAAUUUUGCACCAAGUCCAAAAAAUAUAAUUUGGUAA